UUUUUUUUUUCUCUUCGAGUUAGUUUGUUUAUUCGAUUGCAAAGUACGGGCUGGGUGUUGUUGCGUGCGUGCGUGCGUGCCACAAAUCGUAGCAUUAUAUCCUCACAUCUCAGAAAGUAAUCGUAGCCGGCAGUGAGCGGUCGUUUGGCGGAACUGCUUCUUUCCCGUGUGCUUCAGUGACGAUCGAACCGAGCGACGCAAUGGCCGAUGCAAAGUCUGAAAUCGACAGCGAUGCCGAGCAGAACUACUCGCUGAACAGCAACGUAGACCCGAAGAACAUGCAGGAACUGACGAUAUACGUGCAAAACCUGCUGCAGAAUGUGCAGGACAAGUUCCAGACGAUGUCGGACCAGAUCAUUUCCCGCAUCGACGAUAUGGGCACCAGGAUAGAUGACCUUGAAAAGAGUAUUGCCGAUCUGAUGCAGCAGGCCGGCGUCGAGGGGCAGGACAAGUAGACCGGUGCCCGCUGCCCGCAUUCGUAACAGCAAAGCCGUGGCAUUGCAUGGCCAUUCCGGGGGCUUUUUACUCACUUUGCAUUAAAUACCUAUAUACACCCGUACACAAACACACACACACACCCCCCACCCACCCCCUUGCAUUUACGCUUGAGUUACAGGAGCGGAAGUUUUCAUUUUUAUCAGAGUUGAAGAGUGAAGAAGCUUAAAAUGUACCAAACUUACUGUAGGCUGGUAAAUCGGUUAAAGAGAUUGGUGUAAGGCUUGUUUCAACGAGCAGCAAAAGAAAAAAAAAAGAAUAUGUUUAAGAAGUAUGAUUUAAUCGACGGCAAUCGGGGUGGAAUACAACAGUUCAGGCAUAUUUGGGACUAUCAUCGGUAGCAUACUUUCGAUUGUGUACACACGUAAGCACUAAGAACGAAUCUAUAAUAUAAAAGAGUAAAAUCGA